UUAUUCUUUCUCGAUUACUCUAAUUGAUUCAUGGUGCUUAGGCAACUGCACUGUUUAUUAAACUGCCAUUAAUAAUAUAAAUUACAAAUUUCAAGUAUCAUAUCUAUGUAUUCCCAUACAGGUUCUUCAGUCUUACAAUGUUCUCCGUAGUGUUUGGACUGUUACUGAUAGUUGCGGUCAAAUGUCAGGAUGUUGAUGACCCAGACUACUACACAGCUGCUGUAUACGAACACGUGAGGAAAGGUUACAAAACAGAUCCGAUUAAGGAAUACAUUGAAAAAAAUUUGGCCGCUUAUGAAAAAGUUGCAACGACAGCUGGUGAACACAAUGUCGACUUACUGGUUUUUCCUGAAUUUGGACUCUUCUCAUCCACGAAAAGAGAAGUUAUAAUUGACGAUGCCCAAUACGUUCCCGAUCCGAAAAUUGAACAAUGGAAUCCUUGUUUGGAACCCGACAGGUACAACAAUUCAUAUAUUUUAGAAAAGUUAAGUUGCAUGGCUAAGCAAAAUAACUUGGUUAUUUUGGCUAAUAUUCUGUCGAAAGUUCCUUGCGACGAUUCUACUGAUUGUCCAGACGAUAAAUUCUAUUUUUACAACACCAAUGUAGCCUUCAACAGGAGUGGUUUAUUAAUAGCACGAUAUAGGAAAACUCAUUUGCAUUUCGAAAUCGGCCUUAACGUCCUUCCAAAACCCGAAUUUAUUGUAUUUUCUACUGAUUUUGCCUUAAUCGGUACUUUUGUUUGCUUUGAUAUUGUAUGGAAAGAAUCAGUUCAAAUGGUUGAAAAAUAUAAACCUGAUGCUGUUAUAUUUUCAACUCUGUGGUUCGAAUUCUUUCUACCAGGAAUGAGCGAUAUUCAGAUGCAACAAUCUUGGGGAAUCACAAACAACGUCACCAUUAUAACAGCUAACAAGCAACAUCCACAAUAUGGAUCUUUAGGAAGCGGAAUGUUUUUUGGAGAUACUGGAAUCGGCAAUUACGUUUAUAUCGCAGAUGGUCAAUCCAGACUACUGAUCUCUAAAGUUCCAAAAAGAGGCGUUACACCACCUCAAGAAUUUCCGCCUCCAACCAUUAUUGAAUUUGGUGAUUUCGAACCAGGAAAAUCUGAUAACAAUAUAUCUUCUGGAGUAUGUUCUAGGAAAAUACUAGGACCCCCAUCAAACAAUAACGACUUCAGAUGCAACGAUUAUGACCUCAGCAACUUUACGUUAGUUAAAGUGAAUGCAGAAAAUCACGUGGAAGCUUGUAAUAAUGGUCUUUGCUGUAGCGCUAGUUAUAAAGUACAGUUAUCGAAUGAAGACUAUUAUCUGGCAGUUUUCAAUGGAACUUACACAGCUUCCAAAAGAUAUACAUGGUGGACAGAAACUUGUUUUCUUGCGCGCUGCGAUUCCUUUGAAGGAAAGGAGUGUUCCACCUUUCCUACAAAAGCUAGCACUGUCUUUGAAGAGCUUAAAAUAGAAGCUAAUUUCACCACUCCAUACGUCUAUCCCAGUAUUUCUAUUAGCGGCCUACAACUAGCUCCGAAAAAGAAUUGGGUUUACAAGAAUCAUAAAUUACAUUUCAAAACAGAAUCUGACAGCCUCUUACUUGCUACUUUAUUCGGAAGAUCUUACGAUAGAGAUCCGAAGUAAUUUUCUAAAUUUUAUGAUCUGUUGUUUAUAUGUAUAAU